CUCCGGAAGUGCACUCAGGGUUCCGGGCGGGCGCUGCCGGCAGAGGCUCGGCGGCCCGGGGCUCGGCGGCUGGACCAUGAAGAAGGAGCAUGUGCUGCACUGUCAGUUCUCCGCGUGGUACCCGCUCUUCCGAAGCGUGACCAUCAAGAGUGUCAUUCUUCCACUUCCUCAGAAUGUGAAGGAUUAUUUACUUGAUGAUGGAACUCUGGUGGUUUCAGGAAGGGAAGAUCCACCAACACAUUCUCAACCAGAUAGUGAUGAGGAAGCAGAAGAAAUACAGUGGUCGGAUGAUGAAAACACAGCCACGCUUACGGCACCAGAGUUUCCUGAGUUCAACACUGAAGUCCAGGAGGCUAUCAAUUCUCUGGGGGGCAGUGUCUUUCCCAAACUUAACUGGAGUGCCCCAAGGGACGCGUACUGGAUAGCAAUGAAUAGCUCUCUGAAGUGUAAAACUCUCAGCGACAUCUUUCUGCUCUUCAAGAGUUCUGAUUUCAUCACUCGUGACUUCAUUCAACCAUUCAUUCAUUGUACUGAUGAUUCUCCAGAUCCUUGUAUAGAAUAUGAGCUUGUUCUUAGAAAAUGGUGCGAAUUAAUUCCUGGGGCCGAAUUCCGAUGUUUCGUCAAGGAAAGCAAGCUUAUUGGUAUUUCUCAAAGGGACUACACGCAAUAUUAUGAUCACAUUUCUAAACAAAAGGAAGAAAUUUGCAGAUGCAUACAAGACUUCUUCAAGAAGCACAUUCAAUAUAAAUUCUUAGAUGAGGACUUUGUAUUUGACAUAUACAGAGACAGUAGGGGGAAGGUGUGGCUCAUUGACUUUAAUCCAUUUGGUGAAGUCACAGACUCACUGUUGUUCACUUGGGAAGAGCUGUUAUCUGAGACAAACUUAAAAGGUGAUUUCAAUGAAGGAGAUGCUCAGGAACAGGAUUCUCCAGCUUUCCGUUGCACAAACAGUGAAGCCACCGUGCAGCCCAGCCCCUACCUAAGCUACCGCCUACCCAAGGACUUUGUGGACCUGUCUACAGGGGAGGAUGCUCACAAGCUGAUAGACUUUCUCAAGCUGAAGAGAAAUCAGCAAGAGGAUGACUGAGCACUGCCCCACGACGCAGUGAAAGAGGGACACCCGGCUGCUUCAGCAGGGGCUCACGGGCUGCAGUGUCCUAGUGACCCUGGUGGCUGGGCUGGGCAGUGUCCAAAAUCUGCGGCUUUUCUAUUCCUGUAUAUGCACCUGGAAAAACUUGGGGGGCUUUGUACUUGUAAAAAUAACAUAAUAAAUAGAUCUUAAACAUAGGAAUGCAUACUGUUCUGAUAAUAAAGUAACUUUCUAUGAAA